UUUUGAUAUAAAUAUUGGACCAAGCCAACGAAACUGUAUCAUUGAUCACAGUGACUUCAGUGUAGUAACACAGAUUUUCCAGUAUCAGCAUAAUGGCAUUCAAGUUCGUCGUUUUCCUGGCUUCGUUGGCGGUCGCCAGCGCUGGAUACCUGGAGGCUCCAGUGGCGUACGCUCAACAGGCGCACUACUCGCCGGCUUCGGCUGUGAGCUACAGCUCCAUCUCCCAGGCGGCUCCUCUGGCCAAGACCGUGGCCUACGCUGCCCCAGCUGUGGCGACCUAUGCCCAUGCUGCCCCAGCCAUCGCUACCUACGCCCAUGCCGCCCCGGUCGCCACCUACUCUCAUGCCCCAGCUGUGGCCACCUACGCUGCCCCGAUCCAGAAGUCCUAUGCCUACUCCGCCCCGGCCAUCGGCUCCACCCACGAGAGCACUGUCCGCUCCCAUGAUGCCACCGUGUCCCACUACUCCAAGGCCGUCGACACCCCAUACUCGAGCGUCCGCAAGUCCGACACCCGCAUCACCAACGAGGCCCCCAAGCUGGCCUACGCUAGCUAUGCUGCCCCGGCUGUGACCUACGCCCAUGCUGCCCCAGCUGUCGCCACUUACGCCCACGCCGCCCCAGUCGCCACCUACGCCAAGCAGGUCAGCUAUGCCACCCCAGCUGUCGCCACCUACGCCCAUGCCGCUCCGGUCGCCACCUACGCCCAUGCCGCUCCAGUUGCCACCUACGCCCAUGCCGCCCCAGUUGCCACCUACGCCAAGCAGGUUAGCUACGCUGCCCCGGCCGUCGCCACCUACGCCCAUGCUGCCCCAGCUGUUGCCACCUACGCCCAUGCCGCCCCGGUCGCCACCUACGCCCACGCUGCCCCAGUUGUGUCCGCCCACUCCACCAAGACCCUGACCUACUCUCCAGCUGUGGAGGUCGCCCACGUUGCCUACGACGGAACUCAUGCCCAUUAUGGCUGGUAAAUCGUUGAUCACUGAUCACUGAACCCAAUGAUCCUAACCUCCCCCCAACAAACAAAUAAGAAAUCUUUCCCCCUACCCCAACAUAGAUUUCCUAUUUAUUAGACUGUUGUUUUGUUAGCCGAAAAAAUCGCACUCAGGUUUUUCUUCCCUCGGAAAGAAAUUGCCAUCCUGAGAGCGCAUUUUAUGUAAAAAGACCAAUAAAUUAAAUACAAAACAUAA